AUGUCCGCCGCUACAGAUAAGGCUCGAUUCUUCCUCGAGCAGUCGGUGCCCGAGCUCAGAGAAUAUGAGCGGAAGAAGAUAUUUACGAAAGAUGAAAUUACCUCCAUCAUCAAAAAGCGCUCCGACUUCGAACACAAACUCAAUGCACGUGGUGCGGCUCCUAUCGACUUUGUUCGAUAUUUCGAAUACGAGUUGAACCUUGAUAUGCUUCGGAAGAAGCGAGUGAAACGGAUGGGAAUUCGGGCAGUUGGCCACAACGGUCAACGGCGGAUCUACUUCAUUCUCGAUCGAGCGACGCGCAAAUUCCACGGGGAUCUCAACCUUUGGAUUCAAUACAUUGAAUACGCGCGAAAACAAAAGGCAAACAAGAAGCUCUCUAUCAUCUUCACAGAUGCCCUGCGUUUCCACCCAACGAGCGCUGAGCUCUGGGUCUACGCCGCCAAGUAUGCGCUGGAUGACCAUGCAGACAUGUCACAGGCACGCGGUUACAUGCAGCGCGGUCUCCGAUUCUGUAAAAAUUCGAGGAAAUUAUGGAUCCAGUACGCCAAGUUGGAGCUGAUCUACAUUGCCAAAUUGGUCGCACGUCAACGGAUUCUGGGACUGGACGAGGAGCGGCCGGUGCAGGUUGAAGUUCCCGAUGACGAUAUGGGAGGCGACAUGAUCGCGUUACCGGCCAUUACUGCUGAGGAUAUAAAUCCUACGAGAAAUGAUGGCGAAGUUGACCAGCAAGCGCUAUCAAACUUGAACUCAACACCCGCGCUUACUGGGGCCAUUCCCCUCACGAUCUUUGACGCCGCUAUGAAGCAGUUCCAGUAUGACGAUCGCUUCGGUGCUGAGUUUUACGACAUGGUAUUGGAGUUCAGUGAGACUCCAUGUUUCCUGAAGAUUGAAGAGCACGUGGUCAACACCAUGCGGACCCACUCACCCACAAGUCCCCGUGCGCAAAUCUGUUAUAUCAAGCUGCCUACGGCUGGUGUUGAUGUCACAUCUGCGACAUUCCCGCGGGCUUUCGGUACUUCGCUUGCUCGCCUGAGGGAGUCAGCCCUGACUCAGGAUCUGGCCCGAGAAGUGGUGGCUUGGCUGCGACCUCUCGCUGAUGUCGAGACCCUUGACGCUGCGUUGAAAAAGGUCAUCGAGGCCACCCUUCGCUCUGCAGAACGUGCACUGGCCAAGUGA